AUGUUUUUUCGCAUCCCUCGACUGACCCCAGGAUACAUUAGAUACCUCCAGACUCAGGCAGCCAUGACUGUGCUGCAGAGCCGGGAGGGCCCUGUGAUGGGGCGCAUGGCCGUCCUCAUGGGUCUCAUGGGCAUUGGCGUGUCCGGCUACAGCUCCCGCCAACUCACACUGCACUACAAGCCAUCAAGUCACCUCUUUAGAUAA